GACACCUCGUCUGUGGUAUAGAUAAUACGAUUCGUGUAACGUGUACUUUAUACACGUGAAAUUGAAAUCUCUAAUAUCAACCUACUUAUAUUCACUAAGGUUUUUUUAUUUAGUUUAGUGAGUCUUAUUCACUAUUUCGUUUAUGUGGCAUAUUUUAUUAAUACGUUAUGUUUGUAAUCUUGUGGGCACGUGUUCGAAAAAAAUUAGAUGUAGGCGAAAUAAAAGAUGUAAAUUGCAUAUAAAAUAAAACAUAGCAGAAACAGGAAAAUUGAAAAUUAAAUUGAAAAAAUAAAAUCGAGUCCCUAAAAGAAAAUAAUUAUUGUGUAUGACAAUGAAAAUUACAGUGUUGCAAGAUAGGAAAUUAUACGACGAGGUUAUGGAAACUAAUGAACCACAGACGCACAUCAGUGAUUUUUUUAUCCUCAAAAUGUUCACUGGACGGCGUAAAAGUGCAAUUGAAAGUGAGAAAAGUAGUGAUGGCGAAGUAGUGAGUUUUAGAAGAAGAGUUAUAAAUAAAGUUUCAUCGGGUUCAGACUUGGAUAUGGAGGAACCAUAUGCAAGUGAAGAUCUUGACGAUAUGUUGGAGGAACUUGCUUUAGACGAAGAAGAGGAACUGAACUCUGUUGAUAAUUCAUUGGACAAUGUUCUGUGGAAGGAAUUCGCUAACAGAUCAACAUAUUGUAAUCGACGAGGCAAUGGUUCCUUGGAGGUGACGACUAAUAUUUAGGCAAUACACACCAACAAAAUCGCAUAAGUAUGGUAUAAAGCUAUUCAAAUUGUGCUCCACCGAAGGGUAUACGUGGUCUGCAAAAGUAUAUUCUGGACAAGAUACCAGCGGAAGCAAGCAUGUUGGCAUAGUCGAAGACGUUUGCAUUCAACUUGCAGAUAAAUUAUUAAAUGAAGGACGAACUUUGUUUGUCGACAACUUUUACACAAGCUAUGAGUUCGCAAUUAAAUUUUUAAAUUUGAAGACGCAUGUCGUUGGAACUGUGCGGUAUGACAAAAAAUCUAUGCCAAAUUUUGUAAUGUCGUACCCAUUCAAGAAAGGUGAAAUGAUAGUACGAGAAGAUGACAACGGUAUUGUGGUGCUAAAAUGGAAAGAUGUUCGCGAUGUUAGAAUAUUAUCGACAAAACAUGCACCCAUUAUGACUUCAAGCUCGAAUUCUACACAUCGCGGUCGUCCUCUAAAACCGGAACCUUUGGUGAUAAUAGCGUAUAAUAAUGGAAAAACUGGUAUCGACAGGAGUGAUCAGAUGGUGUCAUAUGCCACAACGAUACGGAAAAGCAUCAAGUGGUAUCGGAAAUUAGCCCUGCAUUUACUCUUGAGAACAACUAUAGUAAAUGCUCAUAUCGUGUACCAGAGAGCCACAAAUAAAAAAAUAAAAAUAAGAAAAUUUCGAGAACUUCUCGUUACCGAAUGGUUGUCUUCGGAAAAUACUAUGCCUGACAAUAAUAAAAACAAAACAAAGAAAAUGUCGCAUUAUUUGGAGAUUCGUA